AUGUCUUCUUUCGAACCGUCGCUGUCGACUAGCGCUAUGCGGCCUCCGCUGGCUUCUACAGAAGCUCCGUCAAUGGCGGACUCUCUCCCAAGCAUAAACUUCGGCUUCGAAGACCUCCGCAGUAAAAUGGCACAGUUCACCGCGAAAUUCGACGCUUUCAUCGAGCGAGGCCGGAAGCAAGUUCUAGAGGAGCGCAAUCAAUUUCACAUUAAUUUAGCAGAGUUUCAGAAGGACGAGGAUAUGAAGCGGAACGAUAUAAAAAUCCUUACUUCAAAGACUCAAGAUCACUCUCAGACGGUCCAAAGGGAAGCGGCCGAAGCGGCCGAAAUCCAUGCGCAUAUUUCAUCUAUAACGCUUGAGCGAGACUCCCGGCUAGCGAAACGAGAUAGACUGAAGCGACAAAUUGCGGAAACGCAAGCAGCCAUCGACCAGAAACUCGAAGCCCAGAAGGCUCACUCUCAUUAUCUGGAUGCUCAAUCGCGACUCAACAUGCCGGAACUAGAAUUUUGGCAGGAUUAUCUUUGCAUGCGGAUUGAAGGCGCCGGCAGAGAGGAUCGUCUCAAGAUCGUAUAUAGCCAUAUUUUGGAGCGAGAUUGGGAGAAAGAGGCUUGGUUCGAACUUGGAACUGCUUCCAGAGACUAUGAGAUUUAUCACACCAAACCCAAGCUGGACCGAGCUGCUGUUGAGCGCGAGCUAGAUGCUGUCAACGAAGACCGGGAUUUUGGUGCACUUCUAAAGAGAAUGCGGCGACUAUUUGUCGAGUCCAUGAAAUAA